AUGAUCCCGGUGUCCGCAACCAAGAGCAAGAUUGAGAACGAGGUAUAUCGUCAUCGAGAUGCGACGGACAAAGAGUUCGAUGAUAUCAACGCGUUCUAUCGGCAAGUGCUUGACGAGGAUAAGGAGUUGUGUGUAGGCGCCCAGGGCAAUCUGGGCACCGGGGUCUUCGUCAACGGCGAGCUUCACCCAGACAAGGAAAAGGGCCCGAUUCAUUUCCAGGAGAAUGUGAAGGAAAUGCUCAUGGAGCACCGAAAGAAGGAAGAACAACAAGGCGGACGAGAAAUAUGGCCUGCGAUUCCUAAACUAUCUGAGCACAUGACUGAGAAGCUGGCUGGCGAAGAACGAUUCUGUUCACAAUUAGAGGCUACCACUUGCCUGAACAGGCCGGAGCUGACAUGGUGA